AUGAACAGGUUGAAUCUCAGUAUUUUCUUGACUGAGACGUUAGUGUUUAAUCUGCGUGUCGCUGUGUUUGUAGCGGAGCUGCAGCAGCAGGUGAGUCAGAGCAGCAGGCAGAGAGAGGAGAUCAUCCGUCUGAAGCAGGAGCUGCAGCUGCUCCACACGGAUCUGGCCCUGACUGGAGAGGGUGAGAGCUGGAAGGACGAGCUGCUGGAGCUGUCUCGCUCCAAGCAGGAGCGCAUCAUGUCGGAGCUGCUCUGCCUGCAGCAGGUGUGUGAGAACCAGAGGAGUGACCUGCAGCUGCUGCGGCUGAACCAAGAAAGCACGCAGAGAGCUCAGAGGGAAACACACCUUCAGCGAUUACCUAGCAGGCAGGACGAAUCGGCCUGUAACUAUGCCGACAUUCAGUCCCUGAAGAACCUGAGACCUGAUCUUGAAGCCUCACCAGUAGCUGGUGUUCACGACUCCGACAGCAAACCUGAAGGCUUUCCAGCAAACAUGACGGAUGUUGCCGAUCAGCUGUCGGCAUGUUCUCUACAGCAGCCGCUGGGCAUCUCCAGGUUGCUUCCAGGAGCUCCUGAAAGCACCAGCAGCUUGAGACGUCACGCCUCCACAGGUUGUAAUUCCAACUGUGAGACCGCUCAGCCACACACAGCCCACCACCACCCGAACACCACCAUACCCAAGGCGAGUGACGCUCCACCCAAAGCCUGCCUGAAGCACAAUGUCAGCCAGCGAGACGGCCGGGUUUGACCAAAGACUGGGUUUCCUCUAUAAAUCAUGAACUUUCAACUUCUGCAAUCAGAGCAGCGAAUAAAACACAGUGUUAUUGUUUCUGAUAAAGAACAGACUCUGUUUUUACCUCAGGAAAAAAUAAAUUAAAUGGCCUCAAUGUUUUUUAUCUUA